AAGUACGAAUUGUCAGCUGUGUUUCAAGAACUCCAGUCUCCACCAGAUCCGCUUCAGUGUUACUUGAACAGGUAAACUGUUUGUUUAGGUUUAAGAGGAACCAGGAACAGAAACCUCGUCCUGCAAUCCUCGUUCCACCUUUACUUCCAUGAUGGUCUUAUAAUUAUGACCCCUAAACCACCUCGAGUGCUCUUGUCCUUUUUCCCACAGUCAAAAAAAUCAUCUCAAUCUUUAAUUUCUCAAAUUACAUGAUCUCCUCUACCUUGUCCCAUGUCUAACUCCAUUAGGACUCGUAUAUUUCCCUUCGUCUCAGUUGACGUGGUUAUUCAUCAUCUGGUGUCUCCCUAACCACUACUUUCCCUUCUAUCUUGUAAUACGAGGAAAUAAGCAGACAAUAUGGCUAAAGACGCCGUGACCCCUACUUUGAUCACUAUCAUAUUCAUCCUCUUCACUGGCCUCUAUGGGUUCGUGAAAUUCUCCUAUGAGAAGGGUCAUGCUGAUGCUGCUCACGUCAAUAUAAUACCUACCACGACGGAAAUCAGUCCUUCGGUUCUUCCCAUACCUACGCCGGCUGAUCACGAUAAUAUCGGUCUUAAGAAUUCGACCAGGCCGCUCUUCACCUACGUGUACACCGAAUCUCCGAAUGCUCGGAUGAACUUGAUAUUUUUUCUUAGUAACGGUUUACAUGGUGCUGCUGAUUUCAUUUUCAUUCUCAAUGGACCCACAGAUGCCGCCAAUUUGAUCCCCGACAGGACCAACAUUCAAGUUGUUUCGCGAUCAAAUGAAUGCUCGUAUCUAACAGCGCAUAGCGAGGUGCUGCGAAAGGAUGGGCUGUGGAAGAAGUACAACCGAUUCAUCAUGCUUAAUGCCGAAGUUCGGGGACCUUUCAUGCCAUUCUGGAGCAGGAGCUGCUGGAGUGAUGUAUUCAUAGAUCGAAUCACUGAAGAAAUCAAGCUUGUUGGUAUGAAGGUAACUUGUUUGCCUUCCUUCCAUAUUGAGUCGAUGGUUUGGGCUACAGACACGAUUGGCAUGGAACUCCUUCUAGAUCCACCCAAAGGUUCAUCAGUGUCUGAUACACUAAACGAAAAUCAGGAUCAAGUAGUUGCUUCAGGAGGUCUCUCCAGCAAGACGAAAGAGGUUGUCUACAGUGAAAUUGAGGCUACAAGGAUGAUCAUGUCCGCAGGUUACAAAGUUGAUAUCCUAAUGCCAUCGUUCCCAAGGAUCGAAUACCACGAGGAAAUUUGCGCCAAGGGCUCAGCUAAAGACGUUGCUUUUGGCCAGCAGGAUAACAUCCAUCCGUACGAGACGGUGUUUGUCAAGACGAGCCACGAUACCGACUCGACCACCGUCGCUCGACUCACAGAUUGGCACCAGUCCCGUGUCAUAAACGGUAGUUGGGAUGUCUGUCAUUAAGAUUUUCGAGACCAUUGAACCUGAGGAAUUGACGGAGAUGAUUGUGAUACCAACAGCACAAUACACGACAAUUCUGAGUAGAUAUCCAUUGUAAGACGCGAUUGCUGACAAAUGGAGGUUUAAUCGGCCGAGCAACUGCGUAACACGGAAUCGUGUUUGUUUCAAUACGGACAUUCUCCCUAUGUGAAACAGGUACAUAGUUAGCAUAAUCAUAUCAUUCUCUCCUCUCACGAUCUUAACGAAAAUCAAGAGAGCUCCUAUCUGUUUGUUCAUACAAAGCUAAUUCUAGAAUCUUGGACUAGGCUUUCUCUCCAUAGCUCC